UGACGGCGCCAACUCGACCCCUGAACUUUUAUUCUUGAGAGUUGGAUGGCUCCUCCUCCAGCCAUCAUCGAGCCGGUUAUCGAGUCAGCGGCCAACAUGAUGGAGUGGACAAACAUGUUUUGGGAGAGCAGAACCAGGCCAAGAAUCAUAAAAUCCUACAGGAGAAAGUUGACGGUGGAAGAUAAGCUGAUGGCGUCCGCUGGAUUCCGAGAAAAACUGCCCGCACAUGUGCGUCUGAGACCGUGUUGCUGCAGAGAGCUCCUAAAUUUAGACCAGGAAUGUACACAGAAGCCUCGUGGAGCGAGAGCACAACAACAACACCGUCGACAGCACGAUACCAAACUCUCGACUGGAUCACACGGCUGAAGCACGAGAGGGAAGAGGACAAUGAGCAGCACCUGAUCCAACCAAAGCUCCAUCACUUCACGUCACAUUAACGGUGUCACUGGGUCUGACGAAAACAAAUCACCCGGUUGAGCUCACGUCUCAGUCUUCACCUCAUCUUCGUCCUCAGCAUGGAGGUUUUCCACUACAAGGACAAGGAACAGUCGUCCAACCUGCUCCUGCAGCUCAACAGGCUGCGGCAGCAGAACAUCCUCACCGAUGUUCUCCUCUGCUCGGACAGCGUGGAGAUCCCCUGCCACCGUAAUGUCCUAGUCUCCAGCAGCCCGUACUUCAGUGCCAUGUUCUGCGGGGACUUUGUGGAGAAGCAGCAGUCCAAGGUGGACCUGAAGGGGAUGAGCUCUUCCGUCCUGAGCAGCAUCAUCGACUUUGUCUACACUGGCCUCAUCAGCAUCAGCAUGGAGGUGGUCCUGCCCCUGAUGCAGGCGGCGUCCAUGCUGCAGUACGUGGGGAUCUUCGAGGCUUGUUCCAGCUUCCUCCAGCAGCAGCUGAGCCCGGACAACUGCUUGAGCAUGAUCAGACUCUCUGAGAUCAUGAGCUGCAGCAGUCUGGGCCAAAAGGCGAAGGAGAUGGCCAUGAAGAGCUUCUCGGACGUGUCGUCCUCCGAGGACCUCUGCGAAUUGUCCCUGCCGGAGCUCCUGGGCUACCUGGAGGAUGACGGUCUGCACGCCGAGGAAGAGCAGGUCUUUGAGACGCUCCUGGCCUGGAUCCACCAUGACCCUCUGUCCAGACGCGGGGCCAUCAGCGACCUCUUCAAGAGGGUUCGACUUCGCUACCUCCACCCGACGUAUCUAUUCCAGUUCAUAGCUCGAGACCCUCUGAUCCAGUCGUCCACCCUCUGCACCGAACUCAUCGAAUCCGUGCGUCGCCUGAUGUUCUCCAUCAGCACCAAAUGCUUCGGCAACACGGCGGCCGGCUUCAAACCGCUGUGGGUCGCCCCGAGAAGAUACACCUACCAUGACCUGCUAGUGGUGGUCGGCGGCAGGAAGAACAACCAGCAGACGUCCAGAGAAGCGUUGGUCUUUGACGAGACCAGUCAGAAGUGGAGGUGCCUGGCCAAGCUGCCCAUCCGCCUCUACAAGGCCUCCCACGUGGCGCUGCACAGUGUGGUCUAUGUGAUCGGAGGCCUCACCACAAACGGGCAGCGCGGUCAGGUCAGCACGCUGGUCUACACCCUCUCCCUGAAGACCAACCAGUGGCGCACCGCUGAGCCCUUGCUGAGUCCACGCUUCGCCCACCAAAGUGUCUCGUACCUCCACUUCAUCUUCGUCUUGGGCGGCCUGGGCGCUGACCGGCGGCUCACAGAUACAGUCGAGAGGUACAACAGCAUGUUCAACCAGUGGGAGUCAAUGGCACCCAUGCCCAAGGCGGUUCUUCAUCCAGCUGUGGCGGCAACGAACCAACGGAUCUACGUGUUUGGAGGUGAAGAUGUGAUGCAGAAUCCAGUUCGAAUCAUCCAGGUCUACCACAUCGCCCGGAACAUCUGGUCCAAGAUGGAGAACAGAACGGUGAAGAACGUUUCAGCUCCUGCAGUCGUCAUGGAUGACAAGAUUUACAUUAUUGGAGGCUACACCAGGAGAACCAUGGCCUAUGACACCAAGGCCAACCGCUUCCUCAGCUGCGCCCACCUGAAGGAGCGGCGGAUGCACCACUCCGCCACCGUGCUCAACAACAAACUGUACGUCACCGGAGGUCGCCACAUCAACAGUGGCGAUGUCAUCGAGGACUCGGAUGGCGUGGAGUGCUACGAUCCCUCGACCGACACGUGGACGUCGGCCGGGACCCUGCCACACAAACUGUUCGACCACGGCUCUCUGACGCUGGCGUCGGUGUCGCACACCUGGGCCAGGGCUUGAGGAUGGCCCCAUUGUUCCUCACUGAUCCUCCUGGACUGAACCUGUCUCAAAGGUCGAGAGUGUUAUUUUCAGCUCCACCUUAAAUCUGGGGAUUGGAACUGUCAUCCCUGAAUUCCAUGGCUGUGUUUUGGUGUCGACCUCAGAUGUGUGUCGGACGACCUCCUGGGACAUUUUGAUGUUUAGAAUAGCUGAAGAACUCAGACGCUGAGUCAGCAGAACUGGCAGUGAAGACAGCAGCUGUGUUUUUUUGACAUGUUAAGAUCAUCUUGUU